GUGGCCGCCCGCAGCUCCUACAGGAGGAGGAAGUGUUUCGGAAGUGGACACGGCAGGCCAGAGGAGGAAUCGAAGGAAAAGGGCGGAGGAGAGGGAGCUACCGGGGGGAUAGAGAAAAUGAUAAAGCACCGUGACUUUUAGCGGCAGGACAAUUUAUUAUAGCUCACUUAAAUAUCGCAGGACUUCACAGACACGUGGAAGCUACUUUGUCAGCGGCUAACGGCACACGUCCAUAAGCCUCCUCUCAUCUCUGUUUCUCUCCCUCCAGGUGACUGCCUGUUUGCUCUGAUUGUAGCACAAGAGAGCCGCAGCUCCUGUCCUUCAGAAGAGUCUGUCUGUCGGGGCAAGUGGGCGGGAGGGUGACGAGGAGUUGCAGGGGGCCAUGCAUCAGGGGUGAGGGGGAUUCGCACAGACACAGCAUCGGGUGAGGAGGGAGUCUGGGCAGGUCGGUGUGGAGAUGAAGCUAAAACAGCGCAUGGUGGUGCUGUGUGCCGUGCUCCUCCUGCUGGGCCUGGCCAAGAUCUUCCUGCUGGAUGGAGGCGAGGGCUCUGCAGCCAGCCGACGGGAUCUCAGAGCGUUUCGCAAGAUGGAGGCUGGCCUUUCUCUGUCCCGGGGAGCUCGCCUUACCCACACCCUGCAGUCUCCGUGGGAGAUAGCAAGCCAGUGGGUGGGCCCGAGAGAGGUGUACCCCGAGGAGACCCCAGAACUGGCCGCUGUGCUCACCUCCCUCAGCACUGCCAGGAUAGAGCGGGCAGAUGUGGGUUAUAAGGGCACGCAGCUCAAAGCCCUGCUGGUGCUGGACGGAGGACAGAAAGUGGUCUUCAAACCCAAGAGAUAUAACAGAGACUACGUGGUUGAAGGCGAGCCGUAUGCAGGAUAUGACCGACACAACGCGGAGGUGGCUGCUUUCCACCUGGACAGGAUCCUGGGGUUUAGAAGAGCACCUCUUGUGGUCGGGAGAUACGUCAACUUGCGGACAGAGAUUAAACCUGUGGCCACGGACCAGCUGCUGAGCACCUUCCUCAUGCAGGGUGAGUGUCCGCCCGCCCUAUCAUCUUCUAUCACACCUCUGAUGUAACUU